AUGAGCGAAGAAGGUGGAGGAAAGCCGAGAGGCCCACCGGAGACCGGCGGCGACGAUUUCCCGCGCCCGCCCCCGCCCCCGCCCAAUUACUAUUACGGCACUUUUCAAGGCGUGGCUAAUUACCAGCCUCGGCCUCCGCCGCCGUCUCACCCGGUGAUGGGUUUUCCUCCGCCUGCGCCUCCUCCUGGGUUUCCCGGCACCGUACCGCAUUAUUAUCAUCAGGGAUACCAACCGGUUCCAGGUUAUGUUGUUCAUGAAGGAAGGCCUUUUAGAGAGGAGCGGCUUCCUUGUUGUGGCGUGGGGAUUGGAUGGUUAUUGUUUAUCACUGGUUUCUUUCUGGGCGCAAUUCCCUGGUACAUUGGAGCUUUUCUGCUUUUAUGUGUUCGUUUGGACUAUCGAGAGAAGCCUGGCCUCAUUGCAUGUACUAUAGCGGCUCUGCUAGCUGCACUUGCCGUUACUCUUGGCGUGACAAAGGCAACACAUGCGUGGUGA